AAACUCGUGUUACUCAUUUCGAUCGCGUUAUGCGAGUUUUUCUUUGCCAGUUUGUGUGUUUUUAUAACCCGAUUACGAGUUGUAGAACUCGAGUUUGUUUAGCCAAAAACACUAACACAAGUUCCGUAACUCGCCUCAAUGCAAUGUUUGGCGCCUUUUUCAUUACCAAACUGGAGAAGCAAUGGCGGAGGUGCGUAUAAAAUAUUUCUGUAGAAAAUUUAAAGCAUAACAAAUGUCUGAUGUGGGGUUGGGAGAGUGGAACCUCUUUUUAGCUCACCUUUCCUAAAAGGAAAUGUGAGCUUUUCCCAUCACUUGGCGUCCGUCGUUGUCGUCGUCGUCUGUCGUCUGGCGUCUGGCGUCGUCGUUAACAAUUUUUCAAACAUCUUCUCCUCUGAAACUACUGAAUGGAUUUGGAUGAAACUUAGCAUGAUUGUUCCUGAGGUUAUCCUGCACAAAGUUUAUGCUUCGAUUUUUGAUCCGUCAAAAACAUGGCCGCCGUUACUUAAAAUAGAACAUAGGGGGUGAAACAACAGUUUUUUGCAAAUAUCUCAAAAUUAUUAGGUUAAGAUAAAUUCUGGCAAUUUCAAAGUGUUAAGCAUGAUGAGAGCUACCUUUGUGCAGAUUUUCGUGAAAAUCUGUCGACUGAUGUUUGAGUUAUUGUCUUUUUUGACAUUUUUCGCUAUUUUUGAUGUUAUUAUAGAUCUAAAAAUCUUCUUCUCUGAAACGACCAUUCAAAAUCAAAUGAAACUAAGUAAGAUUGUACCUUAGGGUAUCCUACAAAAAGUUUAUGCUUGGAUUUUUGAUUGGUCGAAAAAAAUACUUCAAAUAUAACAGCCACUUUUUCGUCGCUUCAGUAUUUAAGAUACAUUUUUGUCCUAUUUACACAUGGCCUGGCCGGCCAGGCCAUGUGUAAAUUAUACAACAAAUCUAUGGCUUGCAUGAAUUAUUUCUUAAUCAUACUCACAAACAGUUCAACCAAAGCUUUUUAAAUAUUGAUCUGUUGUAACUAAUGUGACAAACUGAGGACAAAUUAAAUUUUAACAAUUUUCCACUUUUGUAUUUGUUUGACAUGUUUGAGGAGUUUAAUGAUCCUUGAAAUGUAGAAAAACUUGCAUUAUAAAAAUAAUUGUAAAAAAAUCUGUUUGAUGUCUGUGAAAGCCUUUUAUUUGUUAAUUUUUUUCAGAGGAAAAGAUGAUUGCGAUGAUUGAUAAAUUACGUGAAAAAGUUAAAAAAAGGAAACUAGAACCUGCAACACUUGAUAGGGAGGUGAACAGCACUAGUAGCACUCAACGCAGUAACUUAAAAUUUCAUUGUGGGUGGAAGCAUUACUCAUUUGCUUCCAACGUGUAUAAGCAAGUAAAAUCCAAUUCAAAAAAACUCAAACUAACUGAUUGUGGGAGCCAAAUUAUAGUUGUUAAAUAUAAUGCAACAUAUGAGGAGGUAAUAGAGAAGCUUACAGAUAAAUAUUACCCCUGUGGCAGAAGCAAGAAAGGGUCUUUACAUAAAAUGACACUGAGCUUUGGAUCUUUCACUGAAACAAUAAACAGAGAAAAUUUUUCAGCGUUACAAUUCUACAACGAACGUAAAACUUCAGAAGCAAGGAUUUACCUGUUGUCUAAGGAAAAGAUACAUGACAUGCUUGCCAUAACCGAUUCCGAUUCUGAUGAAUUGGAAAGUUUAGGAUUUCCCGGAAACAUGUCCCCACCAGAGCCUGAAAUAAUACUAGGAGUUGGAAAGCCUAUGACAUCUCCAGCCAUGAAUGUUCCUUUUAGAUCAUCAACACUAGGAACACCGAACAUUGCAACUCCUCAGGCAAUUGUUUCUAGUAGAACACCUACACUAGGAACACCCACACUAGGAACACCCACACUAGGAACAUCAAUAGGAGCUUUUGGUGGAACACCAAUAGGUGCUACUGAUACAAACAAACCUAUUGUAUUUCAUGCUGAUACACCUACAGUUACAUUCUCAUAUGACAGACGCUGUCAGAUCUGUGUGGACCGGGAAAGGGAUGCUUACCUGUCACCUUGUGGUCACACAUUUUGUCUUGUCUGUGCAUUGCAAGUUGAAAAUAUGGGGCAAAACUGUCCAUCCUGUAGGGGGGAAAUUGACAAAGUGUGUUCCAUGUUUCUAUAAGUUGUUAUUCAUGUUGAUAGAUUGUACUUUUUUGUAAUAGGAGUGUAAAUGUAAAAUGAUAUUAUGUUUGCAAGUAUUAGACAAAUAUAUAUGCUGGUUCAAAGAAUGAGGUAGAAAGAUGUAAGCAAAUGUUUUUUUUUCUUUUCAAAGUGUGAAAAAGCAUUAAAUAAUGUUAUUUAAUGAACUGAAGUAUAUUAAGGUAAAAAAUUACUUAUUUUUACUUCAUCUACAAUUUAGGUAUGUGAAAUGUUAAAAAAACUUCCUUUUCACGAAAUUCAGUAUUAAUGACUAUUCGGGGACUAUUCUUUUAAUCACAAAAUUUAUGUUAAUAGAAAAUUGUCGGAAAUUGUAGUCAGUGUGUAGUGUCCAUAACCAUCCGAAUUCUUGUAAAAAAGUGUAUUUUAAAGAUUUGUCUUUUCAGAAAUUCAUUUUUUAAUCAUUCCUGAAGUGAACAGCACUUCUUCUGUUUAGAUAUGUUUAAAGUUUUACUUCAGAUUUGAAAUUACUUAAUUUGUCCUGUCAAUGUCAAUAUGUCUUGUUUGUUUUCAUUGAAAUAACUUUAAUUACAUAAAUUCAUUUAUAAUCCAGCAGCAUUUUGGUGUUAAAAAUGUAAACAUUAAUAGAAAAAUACACUAAUUUGAUAUUUUACCUUUGAAAAAUGAUUCUUGAAGUGAUUUACUUUUAAGAGUUCAUUUUGUAAGAGAUCCAUUUUCAAACAGU